UUUUUUUUCUGGGGUCACUCUUUCACAUCCACCACACGUUUUCCCUUUCCCUUCGCUUCCUCCCUUUCCCUCCCCCUCUCCCCUUCUCGCUCCUCCGAUCCAUAUAUUAAGGACGCAUCAUGACCGUGCAAGCCCAGUACGCUGACCCUGCCCAGGCCCUUCAAGACCUCAAGGCUGCCGGAAGCAAGAACCGUCGUGAUGGUCUCUCUGCCGAGGAGUUGAUGGAUUCUAUCACCCAGGGUGGUCUGACCUACAACGAUUUCCUCAUCCUGCCCGGCUACAUCGGCUUCCAGGCUCAUGCCGUCCAGCUCGAGUCUAGGAUCACCAAGAGGAUCACCCUCAAGACCCCUUUCCUGUCCUCGCCCAUGGACACGGUCACCGAGACUGACAUGGCCAUUGCCAUGGCUCUGCUCGGUGGUCUUGGUAUCAUCCACCACAACUGCACGCCAGAGCAGCAGGCAGACAUGGUCCGCAAGGUCAAGAUGUUCGAGAACGGCUUCAUCACUGACCCGGUCUGCUUGGCCGAGAGCCACACCGUCGCCGAUGUUCUGGCCAUCAAGGAUCGCUUCGGAUUCUGCGGCAUCCCUAUCACCGAAAACGGAAAGCUCGGUUCCAAGUUGGUUGGUAUCGUCACUGCCCGCGACAUCCAGUUCGUCAGCGACCACUCCACCCCCCUCAAGGCCUGCAUGACCACCGACCUCGUCAUUGCCCAUGAGGGUGUCACCCUUGAGGAGGCCAACCGCAUCCUGUGCGAGUCCAAGAAGGGCAAGCUUCCCGUCGUCAACAACAACGGCGAACUUUGCUCCCUCCUCGCCCGCUCCGAUCUCCUCAAGAACCAGAACUAUCCCCUCGCCAGCAAGGCCCCCAAGUCCAAGCAGCUCCUCUGCGGUGCCGCCAUCGGAACCCGUCCCGACGACCGCGAUCGUCUCGGCCUCCUCGUUGCCGCUGGUCUCGACGUCGUCGUCUUGGACUCCUCCCAGGGUAACUCCUCCUUCCAGAUCGAGAUGGUCAAGUGGAUCAAGGACACCUACCCCGAUAUCGAUGUCAUUGCCGGAAACGUUGUCGUUUGGGAGCAAGCUGCUCGCUUGAUCGCCGCUGGCGCUGACGGUCUUCGUGUUGGCAUGGGCUCGGGCUCCAUCUGCAUCACCCAGGAAGUCAUGGCUUGCGGUCGCCCUCAAGGAACUGCCGUCUUCAAGGUCGCCCAGUUCGCUGCUAAGUACGGUGUUCCCAUCAUCGCCGACGGCGGUAUUGGAAACAUUGGUCACAUCACCAAGGCUCUGGCUCUCGGCGCCUCCGGUGUGAUGAUGGGUGGUCUCUUGGCCGGUACGACCGAAUCCCCCGGUGAGUACUUUUACCUCGACGGUCAACGUUUGAAGAAGUACCGCGGUAUGGGCUCCCUCGACGCCAUGGAGAUGGCCGGCGACAGUGGCAACGGCUCGACCAAGCGCUACUACUCCGAGUCGGACUCUGUUAAGGUCGCCCAGGGUGUCUCUGGCUCCGUCGUCGACAAGGGCUCCAUCAAGAAGUUUGUCCCAUACCUCUACACCGGUCUUCAGCACUCGCUCCAGGAUAUCGGUAUCGACAGCAUUGAUGCCCUCAAGGAGGGUAUGCGCGAGGGCACUGUCCGCUUCGAGCGCCGCACCGCUGCUGCCCAAGCUGAGGGUGGUGUCCACUCCCUUCACAGCUACACCAAGCGUCUUUUCUCAUAGAUAUAAGAGAGAUGCCUUGUCAGCAUAGAUAAUUAAUCACUCCAUACAUUUGGCGUAUUUAUCAUUCCCUUCAUCACUCUCAUUGUACAAUCACACACACUCCACUUGAAAUAAAAUAUAAAGAAAAAAAA